AUGGGCACUCGAAUAUUGCGACGUUUAUUUGUGCCUGCAAUCAUCAACACUAUAAAACCAGUGCCACAAACUGUAAUAAGAUAUGAGAAAGUGAUAUGUGCAGGCAACUACACUAUAUUGAGGAACUAUGCUAAGAGUAAGGAUAGAGGAAAAGACAAGAAAAAGCCGGUUAAGGUCGAGAUCAAUCCGACACAGAUGUCCGAACUUGUUAAUGUAGACAAAUUAAAGGAAAGGUGUAAUGAUGCAAUUGAGAAAAUGAAAGAUGAUUUUGCGAAAAACUUAUCUCUUCGUUCCACAACAGGGUCCAUAGAAUCUUUGCCCGUUAAGUUCGAGGGCAAGGAUUAUGAACUGCAAGAACUAGCUCAAAUUGUUCGUAAAAAUCCGAAAACUAUUGUAUUAAAUUUUGCUUCAUUCCCUCAAGUAAUACCAGAUGCCGUAAAAGCAAUUGCUAAUUCCGGAUUAAAUUUGAAUCCUCAGCAAGACGGCACGACGCUUUACAUUCCUGUGCCUAAAGUAACAAAAGAACAUAGAGAAUCAUUGGCAAAGAAUGCAAAAGCCUUGUAUAUCAAAUGUAGAGAUAUGUUGAAAGAUAUUCAGAAUGAUUACAUUAAAAAAGUUAGAAAACAAGAUAAAGUUUCUGAAGAUCUUGUACUUAAUGUUACUAAGCAAAUUACUGCAAUGUGCGAAGAUUUUCAGAAUCAAGCUAAGAAUAUUUAUGAAGCUAAGCAUAAUGAACUUGUUGGGAAAUAA